AUGAAUACUUCGGUUCUCGCUCCCCCGGGAAAUAUUUCCGGUCACCUGAAUUUUUCGGAGAAGAACUCGCAGAUCUUGCAGUUUGAGGAUGAGGACUGCCAUGUGCCUUUGGCCAUGGUCUUCACUUUGGCCUUGGCUUACGGGACUGUGAUAAUUCUGGGAGUCUCUGGGAAUCUGGCCUUGAUUGUCAUUAUUUUAAAACAAAAGGAGAUGCGCAAUGUUACCAACAUCCUCAUUGUCAACCUGUCCUUUUCUGAUCUUCUAGUCACCAUCAUGUGUCUUCCCUUUACCUUUGUGUAUACUUUAAUGGACCACUGGAUUUUUGGGGAGGCCAUGUGCAAAUUGAGUCCUUUCGUGCAAUGUGCCUCAAUCACCGUCUCGGUCUUUUCUUUAGUCCUCAUUGCUAUCGAACGCCAUCAGCUGAUCAUCAAUCCCCGUGGCUGGAGGCCGAACAACAGACAUGCCUACAUGGGGAUUGCUGCCAUAUGGAUUUUAGCCACAGCUUCCUCUUUGCCUUUCCUGAUCUACCAUGUGUUAACAGAUGAACCCUUCAGAAACAUAACAUUUGAUGAAUAUAAGGACAAAUAUGUGUGCUUGGACCUGUUCCCCUUGGACACUGCCAGGCUUUCUUAUACCACGACGCUUUUGGUGAUUCAGUACUUUGGACCACUUUGUUUUAUAUUUAUUUGCUACUUGAAGAUAUACAUACGAUUAAAAAAAAGGAACAACAUGAUGGACAAGAUGAGAGACAGUAAGUACAGAUCCUCUGAAACCAAAAGGAUCAACAUCAUGCUGAUCUCAAUAGUGGUCGCAUUUGCAGUUUGCUGGCUGCCUCUCACCAUCUUCAAUAUCGUGUUUGAUUGGAAUCACGAAAUUCUGCCUGUCACUACCUGCAGCCACAACCUGUUGUUCCUGAUUUGCCACCUCACCGCCAUGAUCUCUACCUGUGUGAACCCCAUCUUCUACGGGUUUCUCAAUAAGAACUUCCAGAGGGACCUGCAGUUUUUAUUUCAUUUUUGUCAUUUCCGUGCCCGUGAGGAGGAUUAUGAGACUAUAGCCAUGUCCACCAUGCACACAGAUGUUUCAAAAACCUCUUUGAAGCAGGCAAGCCCAGUCGCAUUUAAAAAAAUAAAUAGUGAUGAUGAUGACAAAAUAUAA